UAAAGGCCAACGUCAGAGUUUGCGCUCCUCGUGCCGCCUCUGGCCAAUCAGAGAGCAGACGGUGUGAUUUGACCCCGCCCUCCCUCUGCAAUCGAGCGUCUGACGGUGCCACGAGUAAAUUAUAAUAUCGAAAGUGUCCAACUGUACGUUCGCCGCUGAAAUGGCUGCUGAGGCUACAGUGGAAGCAUCCGCACCGAGCACCGAGAACAAUGCACCGGCCGUACAGGCAAACGGCGGCAGCGGCGAGGAGAAACAAAAGGGCCUCAUCGAAGCGGCAACAGGGGAGCCAGGCAGCAGCGUAGAGCCGAAAAUUGAAGAGGUGGGCGCGGAGGCCGGCGGAGAGAAGCCCGCCGAGGCGGCAGACAAGGCCGCGAGCGAAGCGGUGACACACGGCGCUGCUGGAACGGUCACCCAGCAGGCGACAGCGGCUCCUGGAGCACCGGGGCAGAAGCCGGACUCGGAGCAAAGCUGCGGAGGUGGCAACAGCGAGCCUGCCAACGAUAACGCGGGGAAAGAGGCGAAGGAGGAACCGGGAGAAGAGAGUCGGUGCUCGGGGAUGGACUGCGAAAAGAGCAAGACAGUUUGCGAAGACGGCGAGAAACCGAGCGGCGGAGGCGGGGAGCUGGGCGAUAAGAGGCGGCCGAGUGUGGAGAUGUCCUCCUCGGAUGGUGAACCGUUGAGCCGUAUGGACUCCGAGGACAGUAUCAGCAGCACCCUGAUGGAGAUGGAGAGCACGGUGUCCAGCGGACGCUCCACUCCUGCUAUGAUGAAUGGACAGAGCAGUGCCAGCUCCUCUGCAGCUAAGACAGUGGCCUACCCCUGCUGCUGGGAUCUCUGUCCACAGUGCUUCAACUCCAGUCCUGAUCUGGCAGAGCAUAUCAGGGGUAUUCAUGUGGAUGGGCAGAGAGGAGGGGUGUUUGUGUGUCUGUGGAAGGGCUGCAAGGUGUAUAACACACCAUCUACCAGUCAGAGUUGGCUCCAGAGACACAUGCUGACCCACAGUGGAGAUAAGCCCUUCAAGUGUGUAGUUGGUGGCUGCAAUGCCAGCUUUGCUUCCCAGGGAGGGCUGGCUCGUCAUGUACCCAGUCACUUCAGCCAGCAGAGCUCCUCUAAAAUGUCCAGCCAGGCCAAACUCAAGGAGGAGUCCCCCUCCAAGGCUGGACUCAACAAGAGGAAGAAACUCAAGAACAAACGCAGGUGCUCCCUACCGAGGCCCCAUGACUUCUUCGAUGCCCAAACUAUGGAUGCUAUACGCCACAGGGCUAUCUGUCUCAACCUCGCCACCCACAUCGAAAGUGUGGGCAAUGGCCACAGUGUGGUCUUUCACAGCACGGUGCUUGCCAGAAGGAAAGAGGGGUCUGGCAAGGUGAAGGUUCUCCUGCACUGGACACCUGAGGACAUACUACCUGACGUGUGGGUGAAUGAAACGGAGCGAUCUCAGCUGAAGACUAAAGUGGUGCACUUAUCCCAGUUACCGCAGGACACAGCCAUGCUGCUAGACCCAAACAUCUAUAGAGCACUUCCUCAAAAGCGGCUGAAGCGCAGCCUGACGUGUGCCGGCGCCACGCUCUGUGAUGGCAACCAGGAUAAACGGUACAAACGGCGGGGGAUACAUGGCAGCUUAAAAGCCUCUGUCCCAAAUAAAAGUUACAAAGAAACAAAGGGAGAGGAGCUGUCAGAAUCUGAAGAUGAAGACCAGCCAUGUGAGAUGGAAGCUUAUUGGACAAAGCCGGGAUGAGGCUGAGCCUGCUGCUGCUGCUUUCAUUGGGACAGGAAGUCUGCUGUGGUGUUCUGUCUUCUCUCUGCCUCUCCUUCUGUUUAGAUGCCAGUUUGCCUGUCUGCUGUCUUUAUCUAUCUGAUUUUUUGAGCACAAAAGCUUCACAGGUCAGCCAACAUAAAGCUGAAAUCUCAUUCUUCCCAUUUCAUCACAGAGCAAAAUCAUGUUUUACAGCACAACACCUGACAAGUUAUUCAGAAAAACUGACUUUCAUAAAGGUCUGCUAAAGAUUGGAGGAGUUGGCCUGAGGAGAGGAAAGUUGACUUGCAUGCUUCACUGAAAGCCCGCAGCUGUUGGAUGAUUCUGAGUGGUACCCUAAAUUGUUCCGUAGGUUUUCAUCCUUGAUGAUUGUUUGUGUCUGGCAUUUGAAAGACCAAUAGCAUGUACUUCAGAUUCCUCUAUGUAUGAAGUCCUCCCUAAGCACCCAGACACAUUCUCCAAUAGCAUAUUUACACCCCAGGAGAAUAAAGUGGCCAGCCAGCCUAGGCAAUGUCACUCACUAAAUUAUUACAUACAUCUUGGAAUCUGACCUUUCCUCCCCAGAUACUGAUUCUGAUACAUAAACUUGGUGUGUCUGCCAAUACAGAGUACCAAUACCAGUGCUCUCUUUUCCCCAAAUUUAAAAUCCGUAAACCUCACUGCCUGGAAUUUAUUGGGAUAAUUCGUAUAUAAGAUAACAUGAGGCUGUAACACCAUAAAUUGUCCUAUUGGCCUUGUGAAAAAUUUUAACCUGUGUUAACUUUUUUUUUUUUUUUUUUGGCCUCUUGGGGGCAGCAGAAAAAGGUUGUGACUAUAACACUGACAUAUCACCACCUUUGAAGUUGAUAUGACAAAGUUGUCAGCUAAUAGUUGCUCAUUUACACAUCCAACAGACACGAAGCAACAUUAUUAUUCAUUUGGAAUCGUGUUUGUGGCCACUUUAUGAAUGUAAAUCCAAUAGUCCCUCUUUUUUAGCUCUGUUUUUGGUCUCUGCCAACUCCUGAGGGUAAUUUCUGGCUCUAUAGCUGCCAAAUCCUCCUCUACUUUCACCUGCUCAUAGCUCACUUUCUCUGUCUGAAGUUUAGUGCUGGGCAUGUAGUGUGCAGUGAGUUUAUCAUAUGAUUUUCACUUUAAACAGUUGCAUGCUGUGACCUAAAACAACACUGAUGAGGCAGUGAGAGCGAACCAAAGCAGUAAAAUUGUCAUGCGAUCCAUUGGUAAUACAGAAAUACUGAUUAAAAUAAGCUUUAUGAGGGCAGAAAAUAUGUUCAUCUUUUUCCUUCUUUUUCUCCACUAACCAAAAUUGACUUUCAAAACAAUGUAGCUCCUCCAUAGUGUGUCUUUUUUUCCCUGAGGCUGCUAAAAUAUUUUGUUUCUGAAAUAAAACGUCAUUCCUCAUUGUCUUCUGUGCCACUCUUCUGUAUCGAGCUUGUUAAACACAUAAUAAAACACAUUUGUCCUUG